ACGUGUAAUCAAUUAUAUUAUCAUCGAUGUCUGAACCAAUCAAGAAGAAAAACGGCGAUAUUUCCAAGGCCCCUACCCCUCAAAACACCCCUUCCUCCGUAGGAACUUCUUACUUGAGAUCACAACCACCCACCGUGUCCACCAUUGAAGAAAUCAAUGAAGAUAACGUUGGUAAGCAAAUAGCCAACAAUCCAGCCUUGUUGAGCAUGAUCCAAGGUAAAUUGGGUGACUUGGUUGGUAAGACUUCCGGCUAUGUUGAGCAUUUACCAAAGAAGGUUAGAAACCGUGUUUCAGGAUUGAAGGGUAUCCAAUCUGCGCAAAUGAAAUUGGAAGCUGAUUUCCAAAAGGAAUUGUUGAGCUUGGAAAAGAAGUACUUUAAGUUGUACGAACCUUUAUACGAAAAGAGAAAGAAGAUCAUCAAUGGUGACUUGGAGCCAACCGCUGAAGAAGUUGAAGAGGGUGAAGCUUUAGAAGAAAAGGAUGAAGAAGAGGAGGAAGAAGAAGAAGAACAAGAGGAAGAGGAAGAAGAGGAAGACGACGAAGAACAAAAGGGUAUUCCAGGAUUCUGGCUUACCGCUUUGGAAAACCUCACUACCGUUUCUGAAACAAUUACCGAUAGAGACUCUGAUGUUUUGCAAUAUUUGAGUGAUAUUCGUAUGGAAUACUUGGAAACCCCAGGUUUUGAAUUGAUCUUUGAAUUCCAACCAAAUGAAUUCUUUUCUAACCAAAUCUUGACCAAGACAUACCACUACCAAGCCGAAUUGGGCUACAGUGGUGAUUUCGUCUAUGAUCACGCUGAUGGUUGUGAAAUCAACUGGAAGUCCAAGGAAAACAAUGUCACCAUAACCAUUGAAAGAAGAAAGCAAAGAAAUAAGACCACCAAACAAACAAGGACAAUUGAAAAAUUAACCCCAACUGAAUCAUUCUUUAACUUUUUCGAUCCUCCAAAGCCUCCAAAGGUUGACAAAGAAGAUGAAGAAAAGGACGAAGAUGAUGAAGAACACGAAGAAGAUUUCGAAGAUGUUGAUGAGGACUUGGAAGCUAGAUUGGAAUUAGAUUACCAAUUAGGUGAAGAAAUCAAGGACAGAUUGAUUCCUCGUGCUAUUGAUUGGUUCACUGGUGAUGCUGUUGAUUUCGCCUACCCUGAAGAUUUGGAAGACGACGAAGGUGAAUUUUCCGAUGAAGACGAGGAUGAUGAUGAAGACGAUGAAGAUGAUAACGACCAACCAAAGCAACAACCACCUGAAUGCAAGCAACAAUAGAUUCUCACAAACAAUAUGUAUGGUAUGUUUUAUAGUUGAGUACUUUAAUGUAAACUUACAAAGUCAUAUAGAAGAACCAAGUAUAUUUAGUACUUCUUUGAGUAGCCAGGCCUUAUAAUAAGUGUUUAUGGAUAAUAUACGAUACAUAAUAAGAUUAUACAGAUACCUUUUCAGCUUGUUCGCUGUCAGCUUUUUCUAUCGAAGAACCAGCUUCAUGAAUCCCACUUGGGACAAACUUGGCAGAAUGCCAAGCCUUAUCAACCUUUAUGUACAUUUCUUCCACUUCUUCCAAAGUCAAUCCCUUGGUUUCAUAAACAAAGAAGUAAACGAAUAAGAAACCAAGAACAUUACAUCCACCCCAGAUAAAGAAGACUUUAGAUCCCAAGUUGGCAUUACCUGGACCAGAGUCAACCAUAUAUGGAGUUGCGUAACCAAUAGCAAAGUUCCAGAUCCAGUUAGAAGCAACUGAAAGAGCAACCGACUUUUGUCUGACAUUAAUAGCAAAGUUUUCAGCAACGACGGCCCAACAAAGAGGUCCCCAAGUUGAUGCGAAACCUGCAAUGAAAAUACACGAGAAUGCAACCAAACAUUGAUUAGCUGCCUGGGAAUCACUGGUAACACCAACAAUAGCAACGAUCAAUUGAGAAACUGCCAUAACUACCGAACCAGCCAACAACAUACUUCUUCUACCCAAGAUAUCAACCAAGGCAAUACCAGGGAAAGUCAUACCCACAUUAACGAUGUUUGUAGCUAAUUGAAUAAGAAAUGGGUCUUCAAUACCUGAGUUUUGGAAAAAUUGAGUACCAAAAUAGAAGAUGAAGUUAAUACCAGUCAAUUGUUGGAAAGCUUGGAGAGCAACACCAACAAACAAUCUAUGGUGUUGUCUAUUAACAUUCUUGAGAACCAAUAACCAAGAUGCUUUUCCGUAUUGCAUCUCAAAUUCAAAAUUAGCUUUUAUUUCAUCGUAUUCUUCAAGCAAGUCAGGGUGAUCAAUAGGUAACUUUCUCAAUCUUCUUAACGAAUUCUUAGCUUUAUCUUCAUUAGAUUUAGAAAUAUAGAAUCUUGGAGUUUCAGGAAGGCAGAGCAUACCACCACCCAAGAUAAGAGCCCAAGCAAAUUGAAGAGCAAUUGGAAUUCUAUAAGACCCGGAAUCUUGUCUUGUAGAAGUUCCUUUGUUGACACAAGCAGCAAUCAACAAACCACAAGUGAUGGCCAAUUGAUAACAUGAAAUAAUAGCACCUCUGAUCCAUUUGGGAGUCGUUUCUGCAAUAUACAAUGGAACAACAGCAGAAAUUAAACCAACACCUAACCCAGCAAAGAAUCUACCAGCGACCAAAAGUGGAAUAGCUUCAGCAAUAGUUUGUAAAAGAACACCAAAGUUGAAAACAACCAACGAGGACAAAAUUAAAGUCCAUCUACGACCAAUUCUAUCUGAGAAAAGUGGAGCAGCCAAAGCACCAAAAAAAGUACCAGCUGAUAAGAUUGAAACAAUGAGAGAACUUUCACUUGCAGUGAAGAAUGGUUCAGCUGAAAGUCUAUUAGCUGGGAAUUGGUGUUUGACGAAAUCCAUAGCUAAAAUACCCGAGAUAGUACCAGUGUCAUACCCGAAAAGGAACCCACCAAAGGCAGCAAAUAAACCAACCAAGAUACUUCUAGUGGUUGAACCGGCUUUUUUUUCACCAAAGUCAAUAUACUUUUGUAAGAAUAAACUUUCUUCAAUACCCAUUUUGUAGUAUGUUCAAUGUUAAGGGAGUAAUCAAAUAAGUUU